GGUUACACCGGGUGGGUAAGGAAUGGGGAAGGUGUUUAGGGUUACACCGCGGGCAGUGGGGCGAAGGAAGAUGGAGGUCGAGAAUUGCAGGGAGGAUGCUCGGCGGAUCAGAAACAGAGGCCUGUGUGUGGGCGAUGAUUUCUUGCAGAUGGUGGAGGUGGCAAACGGCUGGAUCGCGGACUUCAUGUGUUACUGUUUAUAUCGGUAUUUCAAGGCAGGGAUGUACGCGGAAUUCAGGCUGAUGAGGGAUACCAUGAAUGGUUUACUUCAGCACCCUUCCGUCACAGAGUCAAUUCAGACAAAGAAGGUGCAUAUCUGCCAAAUCCUGUCCCGAAUUGUUGAAGGGAAGAACCUUGAUGUCCAAUUUGACCAAGAUGAAUCAAUAAUUCCUCUGGAAUCUGCAUUAUUGAUAUUGGUUGAAAUGGCAGAUAACAAGCAGCUGGAGAAAGAUGCAUUAUAUUCAGACCUCAAGCAGUUGCUUCAAGUUCAGAGUGUAGCAGUCUGUAUGGAAAAGGGAGAUUUCGAGAGAGCUUCUGAAGUUCUGGAACGAGAAUUUCAAGAAAGCUUGGAUUCAGACCAGCCUUUAAAAAGGAAUUUAUCUUCAGUCAUCAGUAAGAAAGAUCUGAACCAUAAAUUCCUCAACAAAUUCAAUAAUGAACGAUUAGUGGAUGUAGCUGCAUCACUUGCAAACAAACUACUAAUGAAGGAAAAGUCACAGUUUCUCGUCCAAGCAGCAACCAAAGUGGUGCAGUCUAGAAAAAGAGAUGCAGACGCAGGCAGUUCUGACGUUGAGAGUAUUUGUGAACACACGGAUGGAAAAUGGGAAGAUUUAUCCAGAGGAGAAACCGAUGACGAAGCAAAUAGUGCAGAACUAAAUACACACAGGUCUCGAAGACAGCUUUACAGUUUUGUGGCUCAGAAAGGUUGGAAACCAGUAAAAUCUGAAGCAGUCAAAGAUUUUGGAGGGAAAAGGAAAAGGUUAUCUGUGAAAAAGAAGAAAUUCACAAGUCGUGAACAUCUGGUGGCAAGUAAAAAGCAAAAUACAUCAUCUAAAUCAGAAGUACCAAGGAAGAAAAGACCCUGGUUAUAUGAAGAGGACAAGCAGCUAAAGGAAGGAGUGAGAAAAUUUGGAUCUGGAAACUGGGCCAAAAUUCUGGAGCACUAUGAUUUCAAUAACCGCACCAGUGUAAUGCUGAAGGACAGGUGGAGGACCAUGAAAAAACUCUGCAUGAUCAACUCUGAUGUUGAUGAAAGCUGAGAAAUAAUAGCAAAAAUUUCACAAGAUCACCAUCAUAAGUGAAGGAACGGACUAGUGUUUUUUUCUUACAUUUUCCAGCAAUUUGUGGUUCAACCUAAUUAACUGUCAGAUCCAUCAAUUUGCAACAUCUGUGUUCAUUCAGUAAACUUUCAGACUAACUUGUUAGCGACUCAUUUAGUGAAUUUCUCAAAUGUAUCAUCUGAUUGUAAAAUAAUAAUUCUGCUUCUCUACACUGUGCAUUUUUGUAAUAAACAAACAGCGUUGGAGAAACUCAACAGGUCUGGCAGCAUCUGUGGACUAAGAAACAGUUAAUGUUUUGAGUCCAGUCUGAUUCUUCUUGAGUUCUGAAUGAGAUUCUGCCAGACGUGCUGAGUUUGUCCAACAUCUGUGUUUGCUUCAGAUUUCCAGCACCCAUAUUGUGCUUUUACUGCAUUUUGCAAUAAAAUAUUGCAAUGACUGUUUUGUGAAAUAUGAA